AUGGAAACAAGACCUACCAUUGCAGGCCAAAGCAUCCCCACUUUCCCUCUCCAUUCGACUUCUGAGAAAGCCAUUCCCCUUCUAGGCUUUGGCACUGCUGAAUUCCCUUUCGGUGCCUCCAUUGAUACCCUGAAACAGACCAUUCUCGAAGCUGUCAAACUUGGGAAUUUGAAGCUGGAGUAUCUUGAUCUCUAUCUGAUUCACUGGCCAGUGAGUUUGAAGCCAGGUAAAUGGGAAUUUCCUUUCAUGAAGGAGGACCUUGGUCCCAUAUAUCUAAAAUCUGAAUGGGAAGCAAUGGAGGAGAGUCAAGCUCUUGGGCUAACCAAAUCUCUAGGUGUAAGCAAUUUGUCAUGCAAGAAACUCCAGACCAUCCUUUCCACUGCCAAAAUCCCACCAGUGGUGAACCAAGUCGAGAUGAACCCGUUGUGGCAACAAAAGAAGCUAAGGAAGUUUUGUGAGAAGAAGGCAUACUUAUCGAAGCUUACUCUCCUCUGGGGGCCAAAGGAACGGCGCGAGGAACAAAUCGGGUGA